AACAUGCCUGUUCCUCGACCGGCGAGUCGGUCACCGCUCAGCGCCUCCAGCCAAUCAGAGCGCGUCUUACUCAUCAGCGUCCAAUCAAAGCAAGCGCUGUUGGACGGUGACCUCCAAAACAAACAUGGCGGCUUCCUGCGGCAGCUUCUGCACGCUGAGCGAAGGUUGUUGUUAAAUUUGAGGUGUAACAGCAAAAAUAGUGUCACCAUGCUCGGCCUGACGAUAAAGCAGGUGUCUUUGGCACUCAGGGAGGGAAGGAUCACCCCGACAGAGCUGUGUAGAAGGUGUCUGAACCGCAUCAAGAAAACUCAACAUCUUAAUGCUUACAUCACUGUGACAGAGGAGCUGGCACUGAAGCAGGCUCAACAAGCAGAAACCAGACUGCUGCAAGGUGCCCCCAAAGGUCCUCUGGAUGGAAUCCCCUUUGCAGUCAAAGAUAACUACUGCACAGAGAAUAUCAGGACCACAUGUGCUUCCAGGAUGCUCAGAGACUACACUCCUCCGUACAAUGCUACAGUCGUCCAGAAGCUUAUAGACCAAGGGGCUGUCCUGGUGGGAAAGACAAACAUGGAUGAGUUUGCUAUGGGUUCAGGGAGUACGGACGGGGCUUGGGGUCCAGUGAGGAAUCCCUGGAGCUACGCUGCUCCCUACAGAGAGCAGACAGGGGCGUCACCGGACUCUGACUGGGUCAUAACUGGAGGAAGUUCAGGAGGAAGUGCUGCAGCUGUGGCCUCACUCUCUAGCUACCUAGCUCUGGGUUCAGACACAGGUGGUUCUACCCGUAAUCCUGGAGCACUUUGUGGCGUUGUGGCCCUGAAGCCCACCUACGGUCUACUGUCCAGACACGGUCUGAUCCCUCUGGUCAACUCCAUGGACGUCCCCGGCAUUAUGACACGCAGUGUCAGCGAUGCAGCCAUUGUCCUAGGUAUCCUCCAAGGCGUCGAUAUUAGAGACUCAACAACAAUCCCUUCCCCGUCAUCCCUGACCGAGCUGCCUGAAGACUUUGACGUAAAGAACAUCUGUGUUGGUAUCCCUAAAGAGUACCAUGCCCCGGGGCUGUCUGCAGAGAUUCUAGCUCAGUGGAGUCGAGUUGCUGACAUGUUUGAGAGAGCAGGUGCAAGGGUGGAGCAAGUAUCGCUUCCCCACACCCAGUACUCCAUUGUGUGCUACCACGUCCUGUGUACCGCGGAAGUGGCAUCUAACAUGGCCCGUUUCGAUGGCCUUGAAUACGGCCACCGUAGUGAGGUGAACAGCUCGACAGAGGCCAUGUACGCUUCAACCCGACAUGAGGGCUUCAAUGACGUAGUGAGAGGGAGGAUUCUUUCUGGGAACUACUUCCUGCUUAAACAGAGCUACCAGCACUACUUUGUAAAGGCCCAGGAAGUCCGCCGGCUGAUAGCGGAUGAUUUCAAGCGCGUGUUCAGCUCAGGUGUUGACGUGCUGCUGACACCCACCACUCUGACGGACGCAGCCCGGUACUCUGACUUCACACAGGAAGACAACCGAACACGCAGCACACAGGAAGAUGUCUUCACCCAACCGGCCAACAUAGCAGGUCUUCCCGCUGUGUCAGUGCCAACCGCAUUAUCAAGACGGGGCCUUCCCAUUGGUUUACAGCUAAUCGGCCCCACUGUCCAAGAUAUGAAGCUGCUCAGUGUCGCCCAAUGGAUUGAGCAAAGGGUUGGGUUUCCCUCCAUCAGUGACCAUGGAGACUUCAGCAAGAGCAGCACUGACACAAGAACGACUGAAAGGGAACAAACUUCUGCUGUAUAAAGUGAACUGAGGACAUAAAGAACCAACUGUUGACCAAGUCACAAGGUACAGCCACAUCAUGACCUUAUAGUGUAAACGUUAUGGACACGACAUGAACCUAACUAACAAUGAGGAGAUUACAGCCACUUUAAGUGAAGAUACACUGUUCGGAUUAGACUCUGUGGCUUUUCAGAUUAUCCGUCCGUCCAAUUCUUGUGAACGGGACAUCUCAAAAAUGCCUUGAGGGAAUUUCUACAAAAGAUGUUCACGACCUCGUCCUACGUUUCCUCCUCAAACUCCUCCAAACAAUCGAAGUGAUCCUGUUUUAGAAUGUAAUGAAUAAGCCUCUUCUUCUUCAAAAUAAAAUUAAAUCUACUUUCUUGACAAGACACAAUUGAAAAUAUUAUUUUUAAUAUCACAAUAGCAUAAUUGCCAAUAUGGCCCAAAGUAGCAGCCUCUGACAGCAAUUUUAUCUGGCAUUUGACAAAACUGAUAAAUGUACCACAUUAAAAAAAAAAAAUGACAAUGAAUAUCUGUUAUAAAAACUAUAAAAAAAUAUCAACCUAAACUUCUGUGGGUGCGACUGAAUUCCUGAAUGGAACCAACUCUGAUUCCAUUCCACGUUUUGUAGACUGACUGAGGGAGGAGCAGAUGGAGCUCAUGGAGCUCAUGGAGCUCAUGGAGCUCAUGGAGCUCAUGGAGCUCAUUUCACUGCUGAGAUUAAUCAGUGUGUUACCACAAUCAGGCUGAACCAGGACACUGUAACCUCAAAGUGUUCACAUGUCAGCUUUAAAUGCACCUGAAUGAGAAAUACACAGAGAUCAAUACAGAAGCAGUAUAUCUAAGGACAACUAAACUAACUAGUUUCUGAUUAAUUUGAUAUAAACAGUCUUAUUGACCCAGCUUUAGAAUACAAGCUGUAUUCAUCCUUUCACACACCAUUCAUACACUGUUUGAACAGCCGUCAGUAUGUUAACAAGGACACUUCAGAAUUCAGACUGGAGGAGUUAUUUGACCUGUGCUGAGUUUUCUGAAGACAAAGACUCAUUUUAAUCCACAAAGCAAAAAGAGCAACAAAGAGAUAGAUGACCGAUGGGCACAGUUCACUAGAUGUGUCCACCAGUGGGCACAGCUCUGUUAGGAAAAACAUAUUUUUUACCAUCUUAUCAGUAUCUAUGUCACAAGUCUCGACUUUGACUCAAACAUCUCUCUCCAAUCCAUUUUGACAAAGUGUUCAGCCAUUCAAGUUAUUCAAACGUGGAAGAGAUAUUUCCUCUGCAGGUGUAUGUCUGAGAAGAAAGGAACUACAGGCUGUUUCCACUGAGUUGAGAUGAGUAACAACUUGCCGUGACUAAACACCAGCCAGGAUUAGAUACUUUCCCUGACAUGCAAAGACGAUCCACAUUAAAUGGGUAGAGUCAACUCAAGUAAAAUGUAUCCAUUCAGCCAAUUACAGUUCUGGAAACUGGUAGAGCAGGUCGCCCAAUAACCAAGGUUGGCGGUUCGAUCCCCGCUCCCGCUCACCACGACCGAGGUGCCCUUGAGCAAGGCACCGCCCCCCCCAACAUCUGCUCCCCGGGCGCUGGCAACAGCAGCCCACCGCUCCAGUAUAUGUGUGUACAUGGCAUCUGUCAAUGUGUGUUUCAUCCCGGUGCCAAC